AGAAGAUGACUAAAUCAAAAAUGGCAGCGUCCGUCUUACGAUGGGGACUGUUAUCGAUGAGUGACUAGCUGUUUAAAUCAAUCUACAUAUACUAUUGUUUAUUAAGUACGUGUGUACCUAUUAAUUCUGAAGUCUUCAUGUUCAAGUUUCUGUGUUCACCAGCCCAGCUCAGCGGGUCCAUCCUCCGUCGCCUCUCCCCAUCAAAUGAAGGAAAACAAGGAGAACUCGACUCUGUCGGGUCAGGCUUUCCUGGACCACAUCAAGCCAUGCUGGUACUGGGAUAAAAAGGACUUGGCUCACACGCCCUCUCAGUCGGAGGGUCUGGACCCGGCCACCGAGGCCCGGUACCGGAGAGAGGGAGCCCGCUUCAUAUUUGACGUGGGAACGCGACUAGGACUACACUAUGACACCUUGGCAACUGGAAUUAUAUAUUUCCACCGCUUCUACAUGUUUCACUCUUUUAAACAGUUCCCAAGAUAUGUGACAGGGGCUUGCUGCCUCUUCCUGGCUGGGAAAGUGGAGGAGACUCCUAAGAAGUGUAAAGACAUCAUCAAGACAGCCCGCAGCCUCCUGAACGAUGUGCAGUUUGCCCAGUUCGGAGAUGACCCCAAGGAGGAGGUGAUGGUGUUGGAGAGAAUUCUGCUACAGACAAUUAAGUUUGACCUACAGGUGGAGCACCCUUACAUGUUUCUCCUGCGCUAUGCUAAGCAGCUCAAAGGUGACAAAAACAAGGUGCAGAAGCUGGUACAGAUGGCCUGGACCUUUGUUAACGACAGCCUGUGCACCAUGCUGUCCCUGCAGUGGGAGCCAGAGAUCAUUGCGGUGGCCGUCAUGUACCUGGCUGGACGCCUCUGCAAGUUUGACAUUCAAGAGUGGACUUCCAAACAGUCGUCACGGCGAUGGUGGGAGCAGUUUGUUCAGGACGUUCCUGUGGAGCUUCUAGAAGACAUCUGCCAUCAGAUCCUGGACUUGUACUCCCAGGGCAAGCAGCCGAUCCCUCCACAGUUACAGGAGAAGGAGAGAGGCCCCCCCUUGCCACCUGCGCCCCCCACACCACAGGGCCCUCCCCCAAGCUCCAACCCUCCACCCCCACCACCCAAGAAAAACUCCCCCCAGGGCAGCCCUCCUCGUCAGCUCAAACGGCCACACGCGUCUCCUAAAGAGGAAGUGAAAGUGACAGAACAAGUUGGCUCCAAGAUCCCUCGUCUGGAAAGCCCUAUGCCCCCCCUGCCGACCACCCAACCUCCUCCAGGUGAGUCUCCUCUCCAUGACCCCCUGUCGACCACCCAACCUCCUCCAGGUGAGUCUCCUCUCCAUGACCCCCUGUCGACCACCCAACCUCCUCCAGGUGAGUCUCCUCUGCAUGACCCCCUGUCGACCACCCAACCUCCUCCAGACCGCAAGGCCCCCAUUCCAGCCCCUCCAACCGAAGCAGAGCCUCCUGCAGUGAGUGAAUCUGCCCCCCCCCUGCCCCAGGCUCCUCCACCCCACCAGCCCCCGCCCCUGCCCCACCGCCCCCCUCCUCCCCCCCCGCCCUCCAGUUACAUCAUGGGCAUGUCUACCUCCAGCUCCUACAUGUCUGGGGAGGGCUACCAGAGCCUCCAGUCCAUGAUGAAGACAGAGGGACCUUCCUAUGCCCCCAUGCCCCCAAACUACGGACCCCCAAUGCCCUACCACCCACACUCCUACCCCCCACCCAACGCCCCGCCCCCUGGUCCUCCCCCACCUACAUCCUACAUGCCCCCUGCCCUCCCUCCCCACCCGUCCCCCUCCUACCCACCUCCAGGCUACAACCCCAGCUACCCUCACCCUCCUCCACGCAUGCCCCCAGGACACGGCGUCCCCCCUCCAGGCAUGGGUAUGCCUCCAGCAGGGUACCCACCUCCCCCUGUGCCCCCUGGACAGGCCCUGCCUCCGCCUCCUGGCAUGCCCAUGCCCAACCGUGGAUGGAUGAGAUGAAAGGAAGGUGGUGUGGUUUGAUCUUUCUAAGGGUCUGCCUCAGACACAGAAACGACUCCCAGAUGGGCUGGCAACCCCAAGCGUCUGAA